AGGGGAGAGGAGUCUAUAUUGAUGGUGUUAACCGCCUGCUCCCUGGGAAUGGAACAAAGCUUCCAUGGAGAUGACAUCAGCACGUGCGGUGCGGUGUGAGAGGGAUUGUGAUGUCACGCACGAUGGUAUAAAUCUCCACCGGGGCCGGCUCUGAGUUCAACAUCAGCGGAUAGAAGAGGCUCAGCCCGCGCUGACCCCGACCCUCGAGACCAGGGCGCCACAGGCAGCCGUUAACGCCGCGCGCGCUCUUUCGUUCGUUUGCUGGCGGCGGCGGGUGGAGGAGGAAGCCGUAGACGGUGAGGCCGUGCAGCAGCAGCAGCAGCAGCAUCCGGUGUGGAAGGACGCUUGCCCGGCGGGUUGAACCUGCAGCCAACAAGAAACCUGAGAAUGACUAACCCUGCAAUCAAGAGAAUAGUAACCAGUGUCGUGAAAUCACCAGAGGAUAAACGUGAAUAUCGUGGAUUGGAACUCUCCAAUGAAAUCCGUGUAUUACUUAUUCAUGAUCCCACAACUGACAAGUCCUCUGCAGCUUUGGAUGUUCAUACUGGUUCUUUGGCAGAUCCUAAAGAUAUACCAGGCCUGGCCCAUUUCUGUGAACAUAUGCUUUUCUUAGGAACAAAAAAGUAUCCAAAGGAGAAUGAAUAUAAUCAAUUUCUGAGUGAACAUGCUGGGAGCUCAAAUGCAUUCACUAGUGGAGAAAAUACCAAUUACUAUUUUGAUGUAUCAAAUGAGCAUUUGGAGGGUGCACUUAAUCGGUUUGCACAAUUUUUCCUGUGCCCUUUAUUUGAUGCCAGCUGUAAAGACAGAGAAGUCAAUGCUGUUGAAUCGGAACAUGAGAAAAAUCUAAUGAAUGAUGCCUGGAGACUGUUCCAAUUGGAGAAAUCUACAGGCAACCCAGAACAUCGAUUUAGCUCUUUUGGAACAGGCAACAAGUUCACUUUGGAAACUAGACCAGCCGAGAUGGGCAUCGAUGUUCGACAAGAACUACUUAAAUUCCACUCAACGAACUAUUCAUCAAACCUGAUGGCUCUGUGUAUUCUUGGGCGAGAAUCCCUGGAUGAGUUGACUGACCUGGUGGUAAAAUUGUUUGCUGAGGUGGAGAACAAAUGUGUACCUGUCCAUGAAUACACUGACCAUCCUUUCCAGGAAGAGCACCUGAAGCUACUCUAUAAAGUGGUGCCAAUCAAGGAUAUACGAAAUCUUUAUGUCACUUUUCCAAUACCAGAUCUACAGAAAUAUUACAAGUCAAAUCCAGGUCAUUACCUCGGACAUUUGAUUGGUCAUGAAGGACCAGGGAGCCUUCUCUCAGAACUCAAGUGCAAAGGUUGGGUAAAUACUCUUGUUGGUGGACAAAAAGAAGGAGCUAAAGGUUUUAUGUUUUUCAUCAUUAAUGUGGAUCUUACUGAAGAAGGGCUUGUACAUGUUGAAGAUAUAAUUCUCCACAUGUUCCAAUAUAUUGCCAAACUUCGUACAGAGGGGCCACAGGAAUGGGUUUUCCAGGAAUGUAAGGAUUUGAAUGCUAUGGCAUUUAGAUUCAAAGAUAAAGAACGACCACGAGGAUACACCUCAAAACUUGCAGGAUUAUUGCAUUACUAUCCUAUUGAUGAAGUUUUAGCAGCUGAAUAUCUACUGGAGGAGUUUAGGGCUGAUCUAAUAGAGAUGGUGCUGCAAAAGUUGACACCAGCAACUGUGCGGGUAGCAGUAGUUUCAAAAUCUUUUGACGGGCUAACAGACAGAUCUGAAAAAUGGUAUGGCACACAGUACAAGCAGGAAGCCAUUAAUCCUGAUGUCAUCCAGAAAUGGCUGGAUGCGGACUUAAACGGGAAGUUCAAACUGCCGGUUAAAAAUGAGUUCAUUCCUACGAAUUUUGAGAUCUUCCAUUUGGAAAAUGAUACGGCAACAUUUCCGUUUCUCAUUAAGGAUACUGCCAUGAGCAAAGUGUGGUUCAAGCAGGAUGACAAGUUCUUUCUGCCAAAAGCAUGCUUAAACUUUGAGUUUUUUAGCCCAUUUGCUUAUGUGGACCCUUUACAUUGUAAUAUGGCCUAUUUAUAUCUUGAAUUGCUGAAAGAUUCCCUCAAUGAGUAUGCAUAUGCAGCAGAGCUUGCUGGCUUGAACUAUGAUCUACAAAAUACAAUCUAUGGAAUGUAUCUGUCUGUGAAAGGUUAUAAUGACAAGCAGCAUAUAAUUCUUAAGAAGAUAAUGGAGAAGAUGGUCACCUUUGAAAUUGACGAUAAGCGAUUUGAAAUAAUCAAGGAAGCCUAUAUGCGGUCUCUGAAUAAUUUUAGAGCGGAACAGCCUCACCAACAUGCCAUGUAUUAUCUCAGACUGCUUAUGACUGAGGUGGCAUGGACAAAAGAGGAGCUGAAGGAGGCUUUGGAAGAUGUCACACUCGUUCGUCUCAAAGCAUUUAUACCUCAACUAUUAUCAAGGUUGCACAUUGAAGCUCUUCUCCAUGGGAAUAUAACAAAACAGACCUCGUUGAGUAUGAUACAAAUGGUUGAAGACACCCUGAUCGAACAUGCUCAUACUAAGCCUCUUCUUCCCAGUCAACUUACCCGAUAUAGAGAAGUGCAACUUCCUGAUCGAGGAUGGUUUGUGUACCAGCAGAGAAAUGAGGUGCACAACAACUGUGGGAUUGAAAUCUACUACCAGACAGACAUGCAAAACACCCAUGAAAAUAUGCUGUUGGAGCUCUUUUGUCAAAUUAUUUCAGAGCCAUGCUUCAACACGCUGCGGACCAAAGAACAAUUAGGUUAUAUUGUGUUCAGUGGUCCACGACGAGCAAAUGGCAUUCAAGGACUACGUUUUAUCAUCCAGUCGGAAAGACCUCCCAGCUACCUGGAAAGUAGAGUUGAGGCUUUUCUAAAGACUAUGGAAAAGCAUAUAGAGGAGAUGACAGAGGAGGCUUUUCAGAAACACGUUCAAGCUCUGGCGAUAAGGCGACUUGACAAACCAAAGAAACUCUCGGCUGAGUGUGCUAAGCAUUGGAGUGAAAUCAUUUCUCAGCAAUACAACUUUGAUCGAGAUAACAUUGAAGUAGCACACCUAAAGAAGCUGACUAAAGAGGACAUAAUACAUUUCUGCAAGGAGCUCCUAGCAGUCGAUGGUUCUAGGAGGCACAAGGUCUCGGUGCAUGUUCUGUCCCGAGACAUGGAUCCUUCCAUUAGUCAUUCGCAUGUGAAUACAAAUGUAAUUCCAGGCCCUGUUAUUGAACAUGCUCCCUAUCUAAAUGAUGUCAACUUGAGUCCUGCACCACCUUUGCCUCAGCCAAGCAUAAUUGAAGAUAUGACCAUGUUCAAGCGCAGUUUACCGCUCUUUCCACUGGCAAAGCCGCACUUCAGUUGCAUGGCAGCAAAACUCUGAGAUAUAGAGGACUGAUCCAAAAGAAGGAAGAUGCAAAUGAAAAAACAUGAGUGACAGUGUUCAUUCUGCUGGGAAUUGGAGAAACUUUCAUCAGAGAUCAUUUCUUUUAAAUUAACUCUUUGCAGUUGGGAGAGUAUACAGUUAAUUAGUUCAUCUGCAUAUUUCUGCCUGUUAAAGGUUCUACUACCCAAGUGGUAUUUUAAAUUACUUGCCCAUAAAUAUUUCAGACUCUAUAUUGGAAUCUACAAAAUGCUAGUGUACAAACCAGUGAAAUAACACUGUAUAGUAUGAAUCAAAUUUCUUUUGUGAUAGAGCCUUAUAAUUGAAACCCAUAACAUGUUUUUACCUUGUACACAAAUUUUGUAAUUUUGAAUUUUUGUGCUCAUACAGCUGGUAGUAAAAUGAUGGAAACGCUGUUUUGCCUCAAACUCUUUCUGUAAUGUUAAACUACCAGCCUGCAGUAAACUUAGAUAUAAAAUACUUGAAAAGUAACUGCUAAUGGAUUUGAAUCUAUAUUUACAUGAUUGAAACAAAACAAUCUGCAGUUUUCAAGAAAAGCCGAGCAGAUAGAGAAACUGAUGAAAGGAACUCAGAGAGAUGAUGCGUUUAUUCUGGGAACUUGUUUGGAAAGCUGAAAUUUAAAAUAUGGAUAGGUUUACCCAGUAAACAUGUAAAAAUUGAUAAAUUUCCUCUAUUAGAUCAUUUAACCUGUUUUAGAUAUUUUUGUUAAAGUACUAAAGGAAUUAUGAAGAAAAACCAUGAAAUUGGACCCAAUACAAAAUAUUUGUUGUUUCAUUGCUUUGGUGUGCUUCUAUUACCUUAAAUGUUGUUUAGCAUCUAAGAAAGACCAUCCAAAAUAUCUAAUUUGUGAUGAAAGGUUAUUGACUGAAAUAUAAACUGUUUAUUUCUGCACAGAUACUGGUAGAUCUAGCCUUUUUGCUUUAUUUGAUUGCCAGAAUCUACCGUUAAUUGAUUUUGCAUCAUAAGCGCCAUCUUGUUGUACCACUGCUUAACACUCAUUUGAGUGAUAAUUGUGCACUCAGUAGCACUUCUAGAAUUAUGAGUAAGUGUUAAAGGCAAGAUCAGGGAAUUGGGCUGUCAGCUAAAGCAAAGCAGUGACAGUAAAGGUUACAAACAAAUCAUUAAUGUAAUCAAAGUAUCAGGAUUAUUGCAAUCACAAACGUGAUGGCAAUGUGUUAGCAUCUCUGUGAUCUAAACACUGAUAUCAACUGAGAUCAACAAAAGUGAUUUACAAUAUGACUGUUAGAAGUAAGGUAGCUGAUAAUGCAAGUUAUAUCUUGCAUGAUAGUGGGGGAAGUACCAGGUAGAAUUCAUGAAGCAAAAAAAACCAGGAAAGUUGCAGAACACUAAAGCCAACUGAAUUGUAUUGAAGGACAAGUGGAAAUGAUUGUUACUGCAUUUCGUAUUAUUCGGAGCAGUCAAUAGCUAUUGGGAUUCUUCUCUUGAACCGUUGGCAAUAGUUAUUUAUGAAGUAAGUUGUUUCCAUGUUUACCUGUGAAGAUCAUUUGAUCUAAUUUGUAAAUUCACAAUUCCUGAAUGACUUUGUGUUACUGUUGCACACGACAUUUAGUGCAGACAGUUUUGUAAAAGGUGCCCUUGUUCUCAAUUAUAUCAAGUACUUUAGCAAGCUUUGUUAUGACCCAUUUCCUAUUCAAUUCAACAUUGCUGCAACACUGAGCUGACUGAUACUUGUCACCUAGUUUAGCAGCUGAUACAAUUAUUUCAGGAGGUUCAAAGAUCUAUUUGUAACGGCCAUCUCAGCAAAGGGGGAAAAAUUGCAAUUAACUAAUUUAAAUAUGCUGUGAUGAAAGUAACCAAAUCAUUAUUACAAAUGUUAGCAAAAUACUUUAGGUAUGGAUAUCUUUUACUUAUUACUCCACCUCCCUGCCACUCCUCAUCGCUUCCCAACAGUAAAUAGUUUGCCUAAAAUUUUUGCAUAGUAGUGUGACAAUAUUUCAGAAGUGCAUAUCACAUUGGAGUUGUGAUCCUGCAGAAUUUUGGAAGCUUUUCAGUAAGUAAAUUCAUAUUUUCUUGAGAUCAUGCCUGACACAAUGGGGAAAACCCAUUGUAAAAUUUGGACUAAUAUUUUUAAGUCAUUUUCAAUCUAGCAGCAUUCAAGGGAAAGGAUCACAACUCCAAUGUGAUUUGCAAUAUUAGAAGAUAGAAAUAAUAACCCUGAGUUUUAAAUAAUUUAUAAAAUAAAAUAUUAGCAUUCAUAAAAUACAAUUCUUCACCGAUUUCACUGCUGGUGAGCUAGAUAAAAUGUAUCUAUUUUCUUGCAAUGCAAUGAUAGGCAUUGUCUGCAAUAUUGUUAAGGCCAGCAACAAUUUUAGCAUUGAAUAGACUGAAUAUCAUUAAGCCUUUGGCCGUUUUGGGAUUGAUAAAGUGAAAUACAUAGACCAGAUGAUUAGAUUAAUAGAUAAUACUGCAAAAUAUGUUGGUGUGACAUGUUUUCUAGUGGGUUUAGAUUCUUUGCUGCAGUGAAACAUUGUUCUCAACCAUGUUUCCAACAUUUUACUGAAGUGUGUGUAGCAGUGCAGUCUGACUCGGGCAUAUCCAUUGAUUCUUUAAAAGGAAUCUAACGAUGCAGCUUUUUUCAAGCAAUAACAGCCAACAGAGUAUGAAUAUCCAGUCUGUUUUUAUGGCUUGUGAAUAGAUGUAGCAUUUUUUGUUGAAUGUGAUGUAAAUCACUUAAACUGGCUUAAUUUUAAAGAUUUUGAAUCACUUGUUGUGGAACUGGAUGCAAAAAACAUAGUUACUGUAUUGAAAAGGAUGUCACUGUUCGUAAUAAAAUAAACUUGUGCUCCUU